GGAGGUCGUGGCAGGGGAACUCAGGUCUUACUCCUCCAGCACCCAUGCCACCAGGCCCCUCGGCAUCGCCUGUCAAAGGGCGGGCCUGAACUAAGGGAUUAUUUAGGCGAGUGACCAGAAGAUCUUUUCUUAGAAGAUCUGCCUCUUUCUGUGCCGUCUAGAUGAAAAGUGACUAAGAAGCCAACCAUGGAUCCACCUGCCCGUAAAGAGAAACCCAAAGUUAAAGAACCUGUGAGCAGAGUUGAGAAAGCUAAGCAGAAAUCAGCCCAGCAGGAGCUGAAGCAAAGACAAAGAGCAGAGAUCUAUGCCCUCAACAGAGUCAUGACGGAGCUGGAGCAGCAGCAGUUCGAUGAGUUCUGCAAACAGAUGCAGCCCCCUGGAGAGUGAGCCACUCAGACAUGGAGCCCAGCUGCCCGCGCCUGAGCUGCUUACCAACCCCAAGAGAUGGCCCACUGG